AUGUCUCUGCCUACAACUACCGAUAUUCUAAUCGUUGGAGCUGGCCCGGUCGGCCUAGCUUGCGCAUUGUCUCUCUGGAAGCAGGGAUGUACGAAUUUCACCGUUGUUGACAGCGUUGUGCAUGGUCACGAUUCGUCUCGUGCCAUUGCCGUCCAUGCUGCUACGCUCGAGGCAUUGGACAGUCUAGGCUGUGCCGAACCCCUCAUCGAAGCAGGCAGGAAGGCCAAAAGUAUCGGCUUUUGGGUCGGCGGUACUUUCCUUGAGCCUGCCGGGUUCGACCUUCUAGCUCCCUACACAAGAUACCCCUUCGUCCUUAUUGUUGCACAGCUGGUCACGGAGCGGAUCCUAGGAGAGAAGCUGCGCGAGUGCGGGAUUCACGUUAACAGGCCGUGUAAAGUGGUUAGUCUCCAGAGGAAUACGGACGACUCCUGCAUCACCGAUGUCUCAUUCGAAGAUGGACAAAUCAUGAAGGCACGCUGCAUUGUUGGGGCAGAUGGGGCUCGGUCAAUUGUCCGUAGCUCAGCUAACGUCAAUUUCCUUGAGCCGGGUGAGAACUCUGACAAGCCGGAGCCGCAAGCUGUUCUCGCCGAUGUUACUUUUUCGACACCGAUACGCGUUCCGGACAGCGGUGUUAUUGUUCUGGUCUCCCCUGACAACGCAUUCAUCCUCUCGGCACUUCCGGAGAAGACAUACGAAACUGCAUCCGCCCAGGUGUACCGCAUCGGAGCCACGAACAUGCCCCCAAAUGUUGCUGUACCCCCUUCCACUGAGUCCAUCCCGUAUCUCCAGUCCCUCGUUGAUGCGUGGGGACCCGGACACACUUUACCCGUUUCAAUGGACCCAAACAUCAUUUCACCUGUUAUAUCGGAAGUCUUCUGGUCAAGCAGCUUCAGGACGCGUUCUGCCAUCGCUGACUCAUUCUUCUGCCGUCUUCAUCCUCCGACCAAUCAACCCAGCGCUAGUUCCGGAGGGAAGGGCGGGAUCAUCCUCCUCGUCGGCGAUGCUGCCCACAUCCACUCUCCGGUGGGUGGUCAGGGCAUGAAUCUCGGCCUGUGCGAUGCUAUCGCAAUGGGCAGUGUGCUGGCAGCAUCCGUGGGUACAGCCGGAAGCGGCGACAUCGACGACGCUCCCCUGAACACUUGGGCUCUCUCUCGGCACGCGCGCGCCCUCACCGUCAUCAACCUGUCCGAGCGACUGUUUGGUCUCAUGAGCAUCCCCGAGCGCACAACCUGGGUGUUGGGCCUCAUCCCGGUUAAUUUUGGGAAGAUCCGAAACGUGCUGGUGAGGCUUCUCUCGAGGUCGAAUUGGGUCAGAAUGAUGGGUGCUUGGUGGUUGAGCGGUUUGGCUUCGAAGCUCUAG